AUGUCUGUUUACAGCAUUAAACACUCUUCGAAGAAACCAUUCUUAGAGGAGACCCGCGAAGAUUUCGAAGACUCACUGGAGUCAUAUGUCGGUGGUGCGUUCACAUUCUCACAAGAGUCACUGAAGCGAUUUUUUGUGGAUCACGGGGAGAAGGGCCUGGCCGAGGGUGGCGAAAAGAAGGGCACACUCAUCUUUACUGGCACGCUCGGAGCGCUCCGCUGCAGCGCGCAGUUUGCUGCGUAUGGAGCUGGUCGUGCGUCAGUGCGCCAGCUUGCACAGACACUUGCGCGCGAGAUGAGCGAGAAGGGGGUCCAUGUUGUGCAUACUAUCGCCAAUGGUGGUAUUGCGGACGCAGAUGGAGAAGACCAGAAAACAGGCAAGAAAAUGAGCGCAGAUGCGGUCGGCGAGACCUAUUUGUGGUUGCACAACCAAAAGCCCUGUCUUUGGACACACGAGCUAGGCGUUGGCGAUGGCGAUGGAAUUGCAUUACAAGGAGCGGAUGCAGGGAUGAUAAAAGCACUGCCUAAUGUUGCGACUGAACUCAUGUCCCGUGACAAGUUAGACGACGACGUUGACGAUGCGGACGACGCUGAAGAGGAUAUGGAAAAUGUUACUGUAUCUGAGUCGACUAAGGAUUAG